AUGGAGUUCUCUACGUACACAAUCAUUAAUUUUCAUUUACGGCCUCUUUCUCCGAAGGACUCCUUAUAUUUAGUUAUCAUUCAUGGUUUCCAAGUAGUUCCAUUAACUUCCAGUUCUAAUUAUUGUAGAUUUUCCUGCUCCCCUUGCUUCUUCUUUUUUUUUCUAAGCUUGUCAUUUCUAGAAGCUCUUUGGUGUUCUCUGCCUUCAUUUUCUUGUGGAAACUUGUUGGAUCAUUAGUGUUGAUAAGUGGCCCAGAUAUUUAUAUUGAUGGAAGUGACUUCUGCCUGCAGUCUGAUAGCGCUGAAGUUUUCCUAUGAAUUUGACUGCAACAUAUCGAAUUACCGAUUGCUUGGCCGUCGUUCUCUGCAGACAGAAAAAUAAACCGAUGACAUCUUUGAGGCCGAGUUACAAACGGUCCCUGCUAUACUUGACGAUCUAAAAGUAGAAGUCCAUAUUUUUCGUUUGCCAUUCGCCUUCUCACUUGUAGUCCUCAAUUGUUGGUCUUAAUUUCCGCAUUUGGUCGAUGCUGAUGCCAUUGUCCUUACCAUUAUGUUUUGUUGUUAUGAUGACAGAUAUGCGAUGUCUCCGUUGGCUUCUACACCUUCGUCUAUUGAACAUGAUUGGACAGAUGAAAAAAUAUUUUUAUUUCUUGGAGCCUGGAAAUGUGGGGAUCCUCUCCCGUCUAAUGUUAUCACUGAUGUGAACCCUUUCAGUAUUGAGCCCUGGAAUGCACCAGGUCAGUCCUCCGUCUCUUUCCAUCUACUUAGCUCAAAAGUUUUUAUAACUCUAUAAAGUUAUUAUUUCGUUUUCUUACUUCUUCAAAAGUUGCUGUUUUUACAAUUUGCACAAGGUAUGGUUGUCCAUUGUGUUCAAAAAAACGUUUGAAUUCAACCUCAUAUUCAUUUUAUCAAACAUAUCUUUGUACGUCUCUUGUAUGUAUAAUUCCUCAGUUGGUGAUGCAGAGAAUUCAAUCUCAUUAGACUGCCUAUGGUAGGAGAGGAUCUACACCCAUUUUUUAACUGCUUGCAAAAGAAAACAUUUCACUUCAUUGAUCAAUAAAAUAGUGUUAGGAAACCUCGCAGGUCAAGGGGGAGAUCACCUCACGGUUUGGUGAGGCAUCAGAUUUUUUAGAGUUCUUGUUGGGAAACCCCCACAACUUAGAAAAAUUGAUAUUCCAUGCGACACUUAGGACUCAAGGCUUGAAGUGGAUGCAUCACUCUAAAUAAUUCAGUGGAAACGUACUCAAUUUCUAUGAAGUCGGAUAAUAUCACUCGCUCUAGUUUGUGCUGAUAUCUAUCUGAAAAAUUCUAAAAGUAGGAUGAAAAACUAAAUUUUAUGCAAUUGAAGAAGCUAAAUAAUAUGUCUCUGAUAUAUUACAGCCUUAUUGUGGCCUAAAUUUUAUUUCCUAUUUUUGGUCUAAAUGUAUAAUGUAAAACACAUGCACCCGCAUCCAACCAGUUCACAAGGAUGGUUUUUUUUUGCAGAAAACAUUUGGUAUCUAUGCAUUUUACAGGAAUCUACUGCCGCAAAGGGUGAAGCCAGAGUUGAAAACACACCGAAUGGAUACUGGAAAAAUAUGCAACGUGACUUUAAGAUAAUUCUUGACUCACAAACUACUGGUAUGAAAGCUACGUGGGGAUUCUUUCGGUACACUGCUCCGCAUAAUCAUAAUGUACGUUGGAUAAUGUUUGAGUACAACUUGAAAACGAAGGAAUGUGAGACAGUCAACCAACCGCAGGUAUCUUUUCGAAAGUUGAAAACAUUUAUAAGGCAUGCCUUUAGUUCAGUUAAUAUGUCCAAUCCAAGUUUCUAUUAUUCAGAAUGUUGAACAUUAUUGCAGAACUUCAAAACUUUAUAUAGAGUCAUUGGGAGUAACAAUCUCCUGCCAGUAUCUGAGGACGCACAUACCCUUGUUAGUCUGGGUGACGACGAUUGUGACCAUAUGCAAUCUGUACUUUUAAGCAUGUUGGAACGGGAAGAAGGGGACAUUGAUCUUCUUGAACCUGCAGACGGAUCAGAGGUAUAUCAACGACGAAUUGUGGUUUUCCUUGCCAAUCACGUGCUUCUUUUGAGAUGAUAACUGGUUCGGAACCUAAAAAAAAUUAUAGCAUUUUUUGUUUUAUACUUUUUCUGAGUUAGCUUCAGUUAAUCUUUCAGAAUUUGUUGCAACCCUUCAUUCGUUGGGCUCUGCUUCAUUAUGAGAUGAAAUAUAAUCAAUGUUUUUGACUAAACCACCCCUGCACUACCUAAUACAUGAGGAAUAUCAGGCACAGGUUGGUCAAUUCCAUGGAGAAAAUAAUGAGCACUCCUUCAAUGACAUAUUACAAAGUUAAUCUUUAAUUUGGAAAACUUGUAGCAUGAAGCAGAGAGACCCAAGAUUUUGUAACGUGACCUAUGAAGUAGAGCAUGACUAAUUUCAAACCAAACAGAACUUUCCUCACAUUCAGGCUGCUCCCUUACAUGGAAUGAUGAAUCUAGUGUAAGUAUGCUACAUCAAAGUGGUGGAAAACAUGCAAUUUUCAAUUCCUAACAAGUCAAGGGAAUUGCUCCGAUGCAAAAAGCCAGUGCUCCGGUGGAGACUUCCAGCAAUAAUAUAAACCCUUCUUUAAACCAUGGUACUUGAAAUUGGACGAUUCGGUCUAAAUUUAACAAUUUUGAGUGGAAAUCAAUGUUGGCAGAUCUAAUAUUUAGGAAGGGGUUGUGUAUGAUUCCCCCUCCACCCAUAAAUGUUUUAGAAAAGCAGCCAGCCAGUAAAUUAGGCUGAAUUUUCCUAUUUUUUGUGUUUUAGUUGUUUGGCCUUCCAACAUAAUAGCAAUCGGCUGAUGUCGCAUCUUUAUAAUCGUAUAUUUAUAUUUAUAUUAACUAAUAGGAUAAAUUAUUACCAGUUAACUCCAGAUAUGGCAAUUUUAUUGACUCUAACCUUAGUGUUGCUAUUAGAGAAAGAACAUGUCGGUUAGACUUGAGAAAAAGGAGGAAAAACAAUUUCAGAGGAAGAAGCCUGGAGGUUUCAUAAGAAAAAAAAUAUGGUUUAGAGCAAUUAUUAAUCAUUUCUGGAUGGGCCAGUCACGGCCACUACCCACUCCUGCUUGCUGAUAAGCACCUGCUGCUCCUCAAAGCCCUCGUAUGAAAACACCACGACUCUAUGCUUAAAUACUUAUAUUCGGUGAAAUCCAAUAGUUUUGUGUUAGUCUCUUGGAAGGAACGCCUCACGGGUCAUAUCAUGAUUAGCAUCAUGCUUCAGAUAAAUAAUUGAAUGAAGUCCGUUUAAUGGGGAGUUUGUGUCUAGACAUGUUCAUUGAAAGAAAGAUAUCAGUAAAACCUUAAUUUAGGAAAUCGAAGCUUGACAUUCCAGAGGAAAAGAAUGAAGUAAAACGACAAGCACUUUAAGAGCUUAGGUACACGCAUACAACUUGCAGAUGGUACAGAUUAUCGCUAUCACCUUUGGAAUUUUCAUCCGGUCUUAUAGUGCAAAAGAGUUAUAUCUGCAUCUUAAACAUUCUAAAGAAACUGUCAGUUUUUUUAUUAGUAAACGUAAAGAAAAUGAAAAUCCACUCUCUCGGGAAAAUAAUGAUACGUUGAAUGUGCGUGCUGUCUCUGGUGAAAGUUGUGUUUCUACGGUAUGGCAUUCCAGUUCCUUGUACUACAGACUUGUUUGGUUGUAUACAUACACCUUAUUAUCAUCGUGCAGCUGUCUAAACUGACUUUUAACGUUUAUGGAUGAAAAUUAGGAUAUUUAUUGAUUGAUGCUCUUGUCGAAAAAGAAAGUGUGCUUUAAAGAUCUGGACCUAGUUUUUGGUUACGAUAACCAUUGGAAAAACAGAACGUAGAACAUAACAUAUAAAGUCAUAUCCUGUUGAUUAGAGAAACAUAAACUUUGUGGAAAGUCACGGAAUUUCAAUUUAGCCGUGGCCUCAUAUACUUCUGAGGUCCUCUCUCUCACUCUCACGUGCGAACACGUGUGCAUACACGUGCAUAUAGUCAAUAACAUUGGCAGGAUGGAGAACGUUCACCCCUCAUUAUUGCCAAGAACCUUGCUUUUUGCAAUUAGCCUCAUUUUCUGAAUCUUAUCUACUCUUAGUAAUGAAAAAUUAUCAUCGGUUUCACCAUUUGUAUUUGUUAGAGCAAAAUGAAAGCAUCUGAAAUAAGGUUUACUUACGAUGGGAUUUAAAAGUCCUAAGGGUAACAGCUAUGUGUCCUGGGCCGUAAUCGUGGGAAAAAAAGCACGAGCAAACCUUAUAUUUGAUGAACUGUAUGCAACAGGAAAUAGUUAUUGAUAGUAUACUGUUUCCUCUCCCAAAUGCCUAAAAUGUUCAGAUUGCUGAGGGAGAUUCGUAAAAUAUUUUUUCUCUGUUCACUGUAACUAGUUUCAUUUCAGAACACUGAAUAUCUUGGUAAUUUAUUCUUUGUGGGUAUGAACAGGGAUCAAUGGCAAUUUCCAACAGAAGCCUUGAAGAUUCAAGAGCCAAUCAUUUGGCUGAAGUCCCAGUAGAUUUUGACUUCUCAAAUGGAGAUUUCUUAGAAUUGAAGGAUCUUAAUGAUACCGAUUCAUCCUCUUCCAGCUCUGACAACUCCAGCCGUGUGUCCCUAAGUUCUGAUGAUUACUUUGAUUCAGAGGCUUUGCUCAGAGACCUCAAGAAUGAAAGUAAUCCGGCUGUUGAGGCACAUAGUCAUUCGGAAUGCAAGCCAUGUAUAUCUAGAUCCCUCAGAACAAACAGUAUGACGAUCAACCUACAUCCUCAAAGUAUGCUAUCUUUCUAACCCACCCUACUUUUACAAGUGCUUAAGAAGGCAAUCUCCAGCUCCAGCUGGUUGCAUGGGCUCGCGAUCAUGAGGGAAUUUCCCCCUUGAAUGCAUCUGCCUGUGUUCACUCAAAAGCUCUCUGCAGGUUCCACGCAAAGUAGGGGAGCUGUCUCGCCAACUUUCCCAGAACCUGCGAGACUCCCAUCGCCAACGUCUCCUUUGUCCGAGCAAUAUCAGGGAACUGAUUCGAACCCACAACGGCCGGGGACUUCUCAAGGGUCUCCAGCGAACAGAGUCGGUAGGAUUGCUAAGCUUGGGAAGAAAUACCUCUGCUUUGUGUCAUAACAGGUAGCUCGAUCUGCCCACUAUCUGUAUAGUUUGUUGUUUAGCUGGAGGGAAACCAUUGAACAGGUGAUAUUUAACCUAUCAUUGCCUUCCUGUGAUAUCAUCAUCCUCGGCCCAUAUUAUUUGCCUUGGUCACUGGGUCACUGUAAUUAUUUCCCAAUUAUGUAAUUAAUUAUCCCUUUCCAGUUUAGUACUCCCAUUGUAUGGGGAUCUUUGUCUGCUCAUUUUCCCUAGAUUGGCAAAGUAGAGUCUCGGAUUUGACGGCAGAGCUGAAUGAAUGCACAGGGAAAUGACCGGCCCCAGACGGGGAUCAUGCGGGCGGUAUGGAAGCACCGGCGAGGCUAUUCCUCCUCGCUUGCACGCCAAAACUUCGUCAGAAAUCCGAGGGAAAAAAGAAUGGCUGUCGAUUGGAUGCCACGAGGGGCCACAGGGUAA